UUAUAAAAGCAGUUGUUGCAUGUUGAUAUAAAAAGCGCAUCAGACUCGUUAGACUUGUCACUUUCUUGUCUUCUCUUUGCUCGAACGACUUGGACUUGAGACGGCGAGACGAGAGAGGGCUUUUCCGUUCGGAGAAUUCGUUUUCUAGGGUUAUUUUUGAAUCUCCCCCACAAAGAGCCAAAAGAUGGGUCCUCUUGUCGGAGAGACCGAACUCACCGAAGCACUCCUCCAGGCCGGAAAAGAUCUCCUCAGACCUUAUUACUCCACUGAUUCGAUCUUCGACCUUCUCAAUAAAGUGGAGUCUCUGCUCCUCGCUGUUGAGCAAGAUCCUAUUGCAGAAGUGAGAAACGCUCUGAAACCAUCGAUGCAGGCUUUGGUAUCUGCUGAUCUCUUGAGACACCCUGAUUCUGAUGUUAGAGUUCACGUUGUCUCCUGCUUAACCGAAAUCAUGAGGAUUACUGCCCCAGAGGCUCCUUACAACGAUGACCAGAUGAAGGAGGUCUUUGAGGUGACAGUAGAGGCUUUUGGGAAACUUGCGGAUGCUUCCUGCGAGAGUUAUAAGAAAGCUGAAGCCGUGCUUGAUACUGUUGCUAAGGUCAGAUCAUCCUUGGUGAUGCUGGACUUGGAGUGCGAUGAGCUUAUCUUAGAGAUGUUUCGGCAGUUCUUGAAAAUCAUAAGACUAAGCCCGGAUUGUCCUCAAACGGUACUUGUUUCCAUGGAAACGAUAAUGGUUACAGUUAUAGAUGAAAGUGAAGAAGUGUCCAUGGAUUUGCUCGCGAUUCUCUUGGGUCCUGUUAGAAAAGAGAGCCUGGAUGUCUCACCAGUGGCUUCGAGGCUUGUGGAGAAGGUUCUCAUUAGUUGCGCCUCUAAGCUUCGACCGGACAUCAUGGAUGCUUUGAAGUCCACAGGGACUAGCUUGGACAUGUAUUCUCCAGUAGUUUCUUCAAUAUGCCAAAGCGGAGCUGCCACCACUGAAGCUCAAAUCAUUGUUAACCCCACAGAAACUGAGGCAGAAGGAAAGAUAUCAGAAGAACAGGUAGUUCCAGAUGAUUCAUUGCAGGUACUUUAUUUGGAAAAACUGGAUUUGGGACUUUCUCCCAAGGGGAUCAGGUCUAAGAGAACUGCAAGAGGUGGAGCUCGUGCCAUUGGAGAUGACAACGUAAAAAAUGGAGACGGUUUGAAACAAGUUUUGAAGCAAGGGCAAUCUGAAAGUACUGAGGGAGAGACUGAAUCAGGGUCUACUAGGAGGAGGCGGAAACCCAAUUCUCUGCUAAAUCCUGAAGAAGGCUAUUCAUUCAAGACGUCAUCAAGCAUAAAGAAAGUGCAUGAAAAAGAACUUGGGGCUGCCAAGAAAGCAUCUUUGCCUACUAAAGUUGGUCAAACGAAUCAGUCGGUUGUUAUUUCUCUCUCACCCUCGAGUAAGGCUAGGAAGGGGUCACGGAAACGGAGCAGGAGUAAGAUGGAAGAGACAGAUCUUGAUGCAGGUUCUGUAGCCACACCAGCAUCAAAGAAACAGAUUGUGAAGAAAGAUGAACCUGAAGAAGAUAGCACUAAGACCGCAAAGGAGAAAACACAGAAGGGUUCAGCAUCAAAGAAACAGAUUGUGAAGAAAGAUGAACCUGAAGAAAAAGAAGAUAUUAUGGAAACUAGCCUUGAAAAGCCUGAGGAUAGCACUAAGACUGCAAAGUCAAGUAAAAAGGAGAAAGCACAGAAGGGUUCAGCAUCAAAGAAACAGAUUGUGAAGAAAGAUGAUGCUGAAGAAGAAGAAGAUUUUAUGGAAACUGACCUUGAAAAGCCUGAAGAGAGCACUAAGACUGCAAAGUCAAGUAAAAAGGAGAGAGAAGAGAAGGGUUCAACGAAAUCAACUGCAAAGAAGCCACUAGCAGAAUCUAAAAAGGAGAAAGCACAGAAGGGUUCAGCGAAAACAGCUGCAAAGAAGCCACCUGCAGAAUCUAAAAAGGAGAUAGGAGAGAAUGGUUUAGCGAAAACAUCUGCAAAGAAGCCACUUGAAAAAUCAGUCCACUCAGAUGCCAAGAAAAAGAAUUCAGAAGGCGCAAGCAUGGAGUCAUCAAAGAGCAAGAAGAAGAAUUCUCGUGCAAUGACGCCUCCGACCAAAGAAUCUGAACAAACUCUCAAGAGCCAUCCCAAGAGGAAACGGACAGCUAGAGAGGAAGUGGAGUCCAAUAAGAGUGAGCAUGGUGAGGAGUUGGUUGGUAAGAGCGUUAAAGUCUGGUGGCCACUUGACAAGAAGUUUUAUGAUGGCGUCAUAAAGUCCUAUAGUAGUCUUAACAAGAAGCAUCAGGUGCUUUAUUCGGAUGGGGAUUCUGAAGAGCUUAAUCUUAAAAAAGAACGUUGGGAGAUAAUCAGUGAGCAGGAAAAGGAGGAGACUGAUCUACCUGAUUCUACUCCUUUAUCUGACAUAAUGCGAAGGAAUAAAGCGAAGAAGAGGAAAACUGAGUCUAUGCAUGUGCAGCUGAAAAGUUCUUCAGAAGUCAGAUCCUCGAAGAAGAAAGACCUUGUAACAAGCUCCACUAAGCAAGGGAAAGCAACCAAAGAUGCGGUGAAGGGCGGAAGCGAUGAACCAGAAAGGAGGGAAGAGAUAAAUCUUCAGUUCCCAAAAGAUUGUGUUGACAAGGAAGAAUCUGAAACCAAAAGAUUGCCUAAAGAAUCUAAUGCAGAAGCCAAGUCGGAUGGGGAAGAGCUAAAGUCUGCAAACAAGUUAACUGCAGAAACUGGAAAUGAUGGUGAAGAGCAGGAGGUAGAGAAAGAGGCAACCGCAGAACCCCAAACUGAUGGAGAAGAGCGAGAGUCGGUGAAAGUGCUAAAUGAAGCCAAGUCUGAUGGAGAAGAGCUAAAGACUGCAAACAAGGCAACUGCAGAAUCCAAAAUUGAAGGAGAAGAGCAGGGGGUAGAAAAAGAGGCAACUGCAGAACCUGAAACUGAUGGAGGAGAGGGAGAGUCAGUGAAAGAGCCAAAUGAAGAAGCUGAAACUGAGGUACAAGUGCGAGAUUCAGCAAAAGAGCCAACUGCAGACACAAAUUUGAUUGAGGAAGGUCGUUCUGAGGAGAAGGAGACUGGUAAAGUCGAAAAUGUAACUGAAGAAGAGGAACAGAAAAUAGUGAAGGAACUGGAAGAAGACACUGAUAAAGCAGAAGGCGGGACUAUUCCUGUUUCAGGUUGAUAGAUGAACAAAAGCAUUUGGUUAAUUCAGAGAACGAUGUCGUUUUUGUGGUGUACCUAUUAACUUUCUUUGUUUAGUGAAGCUGCUUGUUUAGAGACGUAGUGUUAUUGUUAGUAAAGACUUCUGACAUAUAUGUCUUAUCAAGGAACUAGUUUGAUGC